GGGGGGGGUAUCUGUGAAAAUAAUAUCAGGCUUUUCCGUCAGAAUGAACUUUACUACUGUAUCCAGCCAUGAAAUAAUCUGACCCGACACUUCAAACCAUCUGCGCUAUCUAUCCGCCCUCUUAUUUACUAAAUCAGCCUGCGCACAAAACGGAGUGUGUCUGAUAGCCCACUAAAAAACCCGAGGAGCCUGCCGGGGCCGUCAUAAUCCCACACACACACACACACACACACACACACCCACACACACACACACACACACACACACACACACACAUUCCUCCUCUGUUGUGUUUUUUGCGCAUCACAAACUGAACGCUGUCGACACUGAUGGAGGAAAAUAAAGAAAACAUCGAUUAUAUACAGGAAGUCUGUUUUCUGAUUUAUGUAACAAACACAAAAAUGUAGCUAGAAAUGUAAAUAUUGGAGAGACGUAGAUUAAAAACAGGAAACAAAAAAAUUUGAUGGGAUUAUUGUGAAAUGGGGGAAUCUAACCAAUGCGUAAAGAAUACAAAUUAAACACCGAGCUUAAUGAUGCGCAAGGCUGCGUUAUGAAUCCCAGUGAUCACCCUCACAGCCACAGGCUCUGGAUGAACAUGAUAUUGUCUGUUUCAUUCCUCACUCUGACAUUAUCUUUUUUCUUCUUCUUUUUUUUAACCUUGGGGGCAGCAGGGCCGUUUGUUUUCUGCGCAGUUGUGUCAUUUCGCUGCGUAAAGCCGCCUUAACGCGCUCCAACGUUAAACCGGGCUGUGCGUCUGUCCGCAUAUCCGCUGCGCACACUUUGUGCGACGUAAAGAAUGUGCAUACAGGGAAGGAAGGAAGGAAGGAAGGAGGGAAGGACAGAAGGGAAGAAGGAAGGGAGCGUCGAAACGUUUCAGGACGCGCAGCAAAAUUUUAAAAAAGGGUCAAAAUGUUGAUAUUGUGUUUGAAAAGGGAGGCGCUGAGCUCUCCUUUCCGCCCGAUUGGCCGGACUUGACAGUGAUUGACGUGCUUCCAUGGCAACCGCGCAGCCAAUCUGCCAAGUCCAAUAGGAAAUCAUCGGAGGGGGCUUGACUAGCUUUUUCUCUCCCCCCUCCUCACCCCUCCCUUAAAAAUACAUCUCAGCUCCGGCUUUAAUUCUUCCCUGCAUUCAGUCCCAGGCUACCUUGAAAAAUACACCGCCGCUCGGGCUUUAAAGGCUCCAGCAUCUUCGGUCAAGUUCAUCGCGGCGGAGUGAGGAUGCGGUAGCCGAGGCCCCGCGCAGCAUCGUCCCUCCUCAGCGGCGCUUCCCUCGGCUGCUCAGACGGGUUGGUCCACUAACUUUGGGAUUUGCCUUGGUUUUUCUUUUUUUCUUCUUAUUCUUCUUCUUUCUUUUUUCUUUUUGGGGUGCCUUGGAUUGCCUCGGCGCACGGAGAGAAGACGCGAGAAAGAAAGAGAGAGAGAGGAAAAGAGAGAGAGCGAGGGGAGGGGGAGAGUGGAAACCCAGGAGAAGCCUCCAUGUUUCAGCUGCCCAUCCUGAAUUUCAGCCCCCAGCAGGUCGCCGGGGUCUGCGAGACUCUGGAGGAGAGCGGCGACAUCGAGCGACUCGGCCGCUUCCUCUGGUCGCUGCCCGUCGCGCCGGCGGCCUGCGAGGUCCUCAACAAGAACGAGUCGGUGCUGAGGGCCCGGGCCGUGGUCGCCUUCCACACCGGCAAUUUCCGCGAACUCUACCACAUCCUGGAGAACCACAAGUUCACCAAAGAGUCGCACACGAAGCUGCAGGCGCUGUGGCUGGAAGCGCACUACCAGGAGGCUGAGAAGCUGCGGGGCCGCCCGCUGGGGCCCGUGGACAAAUACCGGGUCCGGAAGAAGUUCCCGCUGCCCAGAACCAUCUGGGACGGAGAGCAGAAGACCCACUGCUUCAAGGAGAGAACCCGGCACUUGUUGAGAGAGUGGUACCUGCAGGAUCCGUACCCGAACCCCAGUAAAAAGAGGGAGCUAGCACAGGCUACUGGACUCACACCCACACAGGUGGGAAACUGGUUUAAGAACCGGAGACAAAGAGACAGAGCGGCGGCUGCGAAGAACAGGCUACAGCAGCAGGUUCUCUCCGGCGGCUCGGUUCGCUCCUUGGCGGAUGAGGACGGCACGGUGGACCGCCUGGGGAACUCCUCCAGCCCGGAGGCCAGCCUGUCCAGCAAGGCGGCCGCCUCGGCCAUCUCCAUCACCUCCAGCGACAGCGAAUGUGACAUCUGAGCAGCGCGAACUGACCGAUUAAAGGGGGAAAAGACAAUCCAAUAAAACAAGUAACAGUGCCUGCGUCGAGUUAAAACACACACACACACACACACACACACACACACACACACACACUGACAUUUGACGGCUGCCAAAACAUGAGGGGACCCGCCAUUCGUGGGUGCCAUUUCAGGCCUAUACGUUUGUCUGCGUGGAAACUGGAACCGGACAUUUCACGGACUAAAAGCGCUUGAAGAUGAAAUUUUUUUUUAAAAAAGGGACAGAAAUAUAUUAAAAAAAGAAAGAAAGGAGGGAUGAAAGGAGGGAUGAGUGUCCAUCCAAACCGGCCUGACCUGCUGUUCUCUGUGGGUAUUUCAUGUUGAAAAGAAGAACUGUGAUAUUUUUACUUUAAAGUUUUAUAAAUAAUGUUUAUUUGCUUAUUUAAAACGAUCUGCUCUAUUGUCUCUUCGAGUUUCAUAUUCAUUUGCUUGGUGUUUUUAAUACAUACCUUGUACACAGGUGAACCUGUUGAGCAUGCGCGCUUUAGUGACGUUGUGUUUCAGUUUAAAAAAAGCAACAAAAAAAAAAGGUAAAGAUAACUUAAUAAAAUAACUGUUGACCAAGAAA